AGUCUAUCGGAAUUACCUAAUUUUUAAAAUAGAAUCAUCUAAAAUAUACAAGAAAUCCCGUUCUACGUUGUUUGCGAUAAACCUCAUCCUCAAAUAUUAAUUCUAUAUUUGAGGGCGAGGUUUACCGUCAGAAUAUGACGCAAUUUGCUGUAUAUUUUAGAUCUCUGAUUUUAUAAGGAAAUUUCUGACUAAAUUAAAAGAAAACAAUAAAAGAAGUAUAUGACGUUUAAUAAUAUUUAUAGUAUCACAAUUCUUACCUCAAGCCGUCAAAGUACGAAGAACGUAGAGGGAUUAACUAUUUCGAUUAUAUGGAAGUAGAGAAAUUUUUAUUAAAUAUAAUAUACGCGACAAUUCAGAUCACGCGUCAUAUAUUUCAUUUAACAAAUAGCGGUCCAAUUUUAUGGAAGAACCCUUGGGGAUAUAAUAGUAAAUUAAUCAAUUCUUUUUACAAGAAGAAAUUUAUAACACUUUGUUAA